GUUCUGGCAUCGGUGCAAACGAGUCAGCUUAUUCCCCUCUUCACUCUUUUCUCUUCUCUAAUAUUCUCUCCCUUGUUGAAGGAAGCUAUGUUUACCUAAUCCGCUCCAGAUUUUUAACUCCAUGUGGAGGAGAAGCUUUCGAUGGGCUGCGCUGCCCCACCUCUCCUCUUCCGCCCAUCCUCAAUCCCACCAAACCCCCCGCCUUCAAAAUCUUAACCCAACUACAAGCAUCUCAAUUCACUUCUACAAUCCCAUCAUUCCUCCCAUUAAAAACCCCAUCUUUGCCAUUAUCCCCAAAUCCUUCUCUUCAAAUCCGACACCAGAUAACGCAUUCAAUCAAGACGACGCCGAAACUGUGAAGGAAGGCCAUCUUUUCUGGCACGUAGACACAGUGAUGGACUGUCUCCGUCAUUUAGGAUCCAACAGCGCCGAAGCCAAGCGCCGGCUGGAGCAAUGCGGCGUUUUGGUCUCGCCAGAGCUCGUGGCUGAGGUCCUCUCCAGGCUCCGCAAUGACUGGUCUGCUGCUUUCACCUUUUUCCUCUGGGCGGGGAAGCAGCCGGGCUAUACCCACUCCGUCAGAGAGUACCAUUCCAUGAUCUCCAUCCUUGGAAAGAUGCGGAGGUUUGACACGGCUUGGUCUCUUGUCAAUGAGAUGAGGGGUGCGACGCAUGGGGGACCAUCUCUUGUCUCCUCCCAGACCCUCCUGAUCCUAAUAAGAAAGUAUUCUUCCAUUCAUGAUGUUGGAAGAGCCAUAAGCGUUUUCUAUUCCUUCAAAAAGUUUGGACUUGAGGUCAACAUUGAUGAUUUUCAAGGCCUGCUCAGUGCUCUCUGCCGGUAUAAAAAUGUGGAGGAUGCUGAGCACCUGCUUAUGUGCAACGAAGGUACAUUCCCUUUUGAGACCAAAAGCUUUAACAUUGUGCUCAAUGGAUGGUGCAACAUUCUUGUAUACGUCCGAGACGCAAAGAGGUUUUGGAGAGAAUAUGAGAAGAGAAGGGUUGAAAAGGAUGUGGUGUCCUAUGGGUGCUUGAUAUCAUGCUACUCGAAAGCUAGUAAUCUCAAUGAUGUCACUAAGCUUUUCAGUCAGAUGAAAGAGCUUGGUAUUGCACCUGAUGGGAAGGUUUAUAAUGCGGUUGUCUAUGCUCUUGCUAAAGCACGGAGCAUUGACAAGGCCAAAGAUCUUGUUAAGUUAAUGGGGGAAAAGGGAAUUGUUCCAAAUGCUGUGACUUUUAAUUCUUUGAUCAGGCCUUUAUGUAAGUUUCGCCGAAUCCAAGAAGCACGGAUGGUGUUUGAUGAAAUGUUGCAAAAACAUGUAACUCCUUCAAUACGCACCUUUCAUGCUUUCUUUGAUGUUAUUAAGACUGAGGAAGAGAUGUUUGAGUUGCUUCAUCAAAUGAGACAGACAAGUUGUAAACCAACAUUGGAUACAUAUAUUAUGCUAAUUAGGAAAUUAUGCAGGUGGAGGCUGCAUGAUAGUGUUUUUAGGUUAUGGAAUCAGAUUAGUGAGUCUGGUCUGAGUCCUGAUCGCAGCGCUUAUAUAGUUUUGAUCCAUGGCCUCUUUCUAAAUGGGAAGCUAGAAGAGGCUUCCAAGUAUUAUGAAGAGAUGAAAGAAAAGGGCUUUGAGCCUGAACCCAAGACUGAGGAGAUGAUCGAAGCGUGGCUUGCCGGUAAAGUGGCUGCAGGAAAAUUAGAAUGUUUGGCUUCAGAAAGUGGUAGGUACUCAAAGGAACCUUUGGGGAUGAAGAGCAGAAAUGUACAGAAUAUGUCAAGCUUUUCCAAAAAUUUUCUGAAAAAACCUGAAACAAGGAGCAUCACUAGAGAGCGUGGAUACUCGUUUGGUAGCUAAAAUGGUAUGCAUUGAUGCUUCUCCUAUCAUGCCUUAAAUGCAAUGUGAUUUUAUAUUUCUCCUUCAAUGCAAUGUGAAUAAUAGUCCAUUCCAGUACAGGGAAAUCAAACAAUGAGCUAUCAUCUACCUAAAAAAAAUAUAGCUUUGAGUUUCAUUUAUUUCUUAUAUAUUUUUAAACGAAGACAAUGUUAAAGUUAAACAAAAAGAGAGUUCUGAUUGUUAUUAUUAUUAUUA